AUGGAAAAUUCCAAACAAGAUCCAGGUUUAGGACCUGAGGAGUAUGUAGAGACGGACUAUUACUACGAUAAAUCCAAAGAGGAGAUGGAAGAAGAAGGAAACAUUGAGGAAGUCCCUAGUGAGCCUCACUCUUCAGAGAUGAUACAGGACCAUCCCACAACACCCGAGGAUUCCACCAACCGACUACGCCUCUUGGAAGAAAACGUAACCACUCUUUGCGGAGCAGUGCGAGCACAGCAGAGGAAUAAAAAGAUCACUCGAGAGAUGAUUGAAUUGGCUAACCUUAUGGCGUGA